AGAUUGUUUACAAAUUUAUUUUAGCAUUUUUUUCUCCAGUAUGCCUAGAAUUGGUUAAAAAUGUAACAGAAAAUAGCAAAAAUCUGAUUGUUUAUUAAUAUCUAACAAAAUAUGUGCUAGAAAACCUUAAAAAUAUGAGAAAUUAAGAAAAAUUCAGUGUUGAAAUAAUUUUUCGUUUUUCUGAAAAACGGUAAAAGACCAUUAGAAAAAAGGUUCAGAUUUACCCAGAUUCGUAAUCUACGACCUCAAAAUAGGGUGUACACCAAUUUUUGUGCAAAUCGGACGAUUGCAGAAGAUAGAUACGAGAGGAAUUUAAAAUAUGAACUUUGUGGUUUUUGAAUAAAAAUGAAUUUUAAAGACCAAUGCAAUACCAUUGCUGAAUUUGCCAAGCACGUCUAAAUCAUAAGGCAAAUCAGCAAUAAGAGCAGUUAACAAAAAUAAAUCAGUCAGAAUUAGUUGAAGAGGUCCUUUUAGACAAGUAAUUAACCCAACUCUGAGUUUUUGUGAGUCUAUAAAAAAUCGAAAAAUACUGCUUUUAAUAUUGAAUCAAUAAGUAUGGAACAUGUUAAACAAGAAAAUAAUAUUUCAGAAGAGAAUAUAAAUGCAGUAUCAUCAGAUCCUAAGCCGAAGGAAUCGCAAACAAAGAUCUAUAGAUGUUCUACAUGUAGUUUCCAAACACGAUAUAAGGCCUAUAUAAGCCAACACGAGAACAUUCACUUGCCAUGGGAAGAUCGACCGACCGCUCGUUGUUUGCACUGUGGCAAUAUAUAUCUUUCAAAAAUAUACUUAAGUCGUCACCUUAGGAGAAAACAUGGUUAUUCCAGGCGAGGUCAACCAAUCAACGUAAUUAACUAUGGAUGCGUGAAAUGUAACUACACUACAGAUAAUAAGGACAGCUUUAGCGAACAUUGUCUAAACCACGUCCUAUUAAAUUCCAAAGUGGCAUAUAAGAAGCGCCACGAAUGCCCCACAUGCUGCGCCAAAUUUGUUGUUCAGAAUAGUCUGAAUGUGCACAGGAUUACAGUUCAUAAAGGAACCAGUGGAAAUGAAAAGAAAACUGAAGAAGACAACGAGAUCAUCUUAGUCCAAAAGAAACUACAACAGUACAUGGACAAAUACAACGAAAAUGCUGAUUCUAUAUCUCUUGCUGCAGAAGACUUAUCAGAAGAUUCGGUAACAAUACGAAUUAAUUUUGAUGCCCCCCUUUUUGGAUCAAGACAUGCCACUUGACCCUAGAAUUUCUGCUAUUCUAAUUAGGAAAGCGAUGCACGAUCACAUGCACGAUGAUUCUUCUUGAUGGUGAUUUUGAAUGAACACAAUCACAUGCGCCAUACUUCUACCUAUUUGGAUGUUGUAUACACACCUGAAAAAGUCAAAUUUGAAGAUAUUGCAGAAUUGUUACAAACUGAAUCUUUGUAAUACCUAUAAUUUCAGUAGUGUUUAAAGAAUAACUGAAUUGUAAAUGUAUACUUUUGUGUCGGGUACAUUUCUUGAAAAAAUACUUCUGGAUUUUUCGCCACUAGAUGAAAAUCUACAAAAUAAAUUGUUACGAAA